CAGUGUUUACUGGAGACCACAUGGGGGUUGGAGGAGGGGCCGCCCCCCCCCUCUGCGUGCGUUUAUAGACUGGCCACGAUUGGACGACUUGAUGCAGCAGUACUACGAGGAGCUUGAGGAGGGGCAAGAUCUUUGUGCUACGCUGGAGGACCGCUGCUAUGAUGCUGACAACAUCAUAAUGGAAGGCGCUAACAACAUCAACCCUAUCGCCAAAGAUGCUAUCAACAUCAACAGUAAAAACAACGACAAUCUCACCGCUGUCGCUCUCAUCGACGCCGUCAACAGCAACGACAACAACAAUAACGACAUCGGUAACAAUGACAACAACAACAACAACAACAACAGCAACAAUAACAACAACAAUAAUAACGGCGAAGACGGUGCCCUUCGUGAAGAUGACCAGGACGUUCGCAUCCAGGUCGCCAACAGGGACGGCAAUAUUGCUGACAACAAUUGCAACAUUGAUUCGGACGGGGGCAAUCGUAGGGUGCGGCAGGCUUCUCCCACGAUUGUUGCCAUGUUUCAUGGAGGUAGGCCUCUUUGGGAGGGGAUGAGUUUGUGCAUGUUCAUGUGUAGCUGGCGCUGCUCGUGCGGGCGAAAUAGCACUGCGGCGCUUCCAUGGGAUCCGGGUGGGAGGGUAGCAGGGUGGGGUAGAGGCCUGGAUCUUCGUUCUUUCGAUGUUUACAACAACAACAACAACAUCAACGAUAACAAAAAUGACACCACUCACGAGGUGAUAACUUUGAGACAAAAACAUUGGAGUGAGAUAAGGCGAGAAUACGAAGAAGAAGCAGAAGCAGAAGCAGCAGCAGCAGCAGCAGCAGCAGCAGCAGAAGAAGAAGAAGAAGAAGAAGAAGAGGAGGAGGAGGAGGAGGAGGAGGAGGAGGAGGAGGAGGAGGAGGAGCUGUCUCUUAUACACAUCUAGAUGUGUAUAAGAGACAGGUGUCAUGCUAAUCUUCUCUGUGUCGUUCCAUUUUUUUUCGUUUUUUCCUUUUUUCCUUUUUUUUAAUGGAUGUCCCGAAGGACUACUCACUCACUACCUUUCUGUUUGGCUGUAAUGGAUGUUUUUGAGGAUCCAGGUCUGCUGUUUGCAGUUCGAUCGGAAGGACAUCAAGAUGAACAAGUUCGUAGCAACAACUCUCGAGUCCCAAUUUCAUGUAUUUGACACUCAUAUUCUUCAUCCAACAAAAGGGUUUGCAUCAUCCACUACAUCGGUGAGACCCCUAAGCUGAGCCAUCCUUGUGUUUUCAUCCUCACUCACUAGGAUUUGCAGAACUCUGCGAAAACAAAUUGGAGGAAUCGGUCCCACUGAUGGGAGGGAAAGAAAACAAAAGCUUGAUGAUGAU